ACAUUGAUAUAUGUAAAUAAUUAUAUAUAUUAAUAUAUUGAAUGCCUUGCGCAUGGCCUACUCAUGCUUAGUAUUCCGUAUCGCCUCCAGUGGAAACUACGCGCGAAUCGGUAACAGCGUGAACAUUUGUAAACACCAAAUUCUUCAGCUAGACCUGAUUAGAGCGAAAAAUAAUGAGAUACCGACAGAGAUAAAGGCAAACAGGCAAAUGAGAUAGAGAGAGAGAGGAGACAGGCAUGUUAUCAGGCGAAUUAUGUUCUUUGUAAGCAGUUCGCAACUGUCCGGAAUGACGAAUAGGUGGCCAUUGGGAAGACGCUUGGCGAGGCUCUGGGUGUGCAUCUAUUUUCUGCUUGAGCUGCAGCUGGCCUAUGGAAUACGCUGCAAGGUGCCCUAUGAGAAGGUGGAGAAUGACUACUGCUACUUCAUAGCCGAUGAGGAGCCGCUGGCCAGCUCGUUCAGCAACUUUUGCUAUCAAGAUAAGCGAACAUCGCGCGUUUGCCUGGACAGCAGCGCCGAGAUGCGCGUCUUGGCCAAUCAUCUAUAUGCGAGUGGCUAUCAGAAUGGCACCCAGUUCUGGAGUGCGGGCCAUCGCUGGCCAGGCGACUUGCAAUUCUAUUGGAACUACUUUGGACGCGCCCGCACCAUCAACUAUACCAAUUGGCUAGAGGGUGAGCCCACCUCGCGCAUGGGCCGCAAUUGCAUGCUGCUCACUCUCCAGGCUGGCGAGCUCUUCAUGUCCACCGAAUCCUGCUACACUCGAGCCGUUGACAUAUGCGAGCAGUUGCUCAGCAAUGAGCCAACAGUUAAGCACUGACUAACAUGCAGUGGCGGUGUUGGUAGAGCCCAAUCUAAUCUUAAAAAAGAUAUUGCCAUACACCCAUAUAAAAAACGGACAGACAUCAUCAAGACAAAAACAUUUUAAGACCAGCAUUCGAAGCUAUGAGGUGGAUCCUUUUUUUUGGACUUGGCAUAGUAUGCCAGAGUGAAUGUUUACAUAUCAAUUUACCUGCGUACGACACUGUGGGAAACUCCAAAUACUUCAUAGCCGAGGGAACCAAUUCUGUACAAUUAGUAACUUGGUUUCGGGCAAGUGCAAUCUGUCAAUCAGUGUGCGGACAACUAAUAUCUAUACAAUCGGAAGAACAAAUGAAUGCUUUGUUGAAGUACAUACUCGAUCGGGGCUAUAAGAAUGGAACCAAAUUUGUCACCUCAGGACACAACUUUCUAACUCCAUCUCCGUUCAAAUGGGAGGCCUUGCAGGAACCAGUUACCUACAGCAAGUGGCUGCCAGGCGAUGGACCUGUCCACAGUAGCUUCUUAAGCUUACAGCUGAUCAACUCAGAGCUGUUUAUGGUAACAUCCACGUCCUUCGAUAGAUACUUUAUAUGUGAAUAUGAGACAGCAUACAUGAAGUUACACAAAGUCUUUAAAAGUACUAUGCUUUAUACCAACUUCUGCUCAUUUGUUCUUACAUUACUAAUAAUAUUAUACUUAAUAAUAAGCGCAUUUAGAAAAAGAACAUUGUCCCCUUACAGAUUUUUAAAGUGACAUAUAUUAAAAAUAAUAUAGCCCAUUCCCGACUUGAGGAAAUGAUAUGAGGAUAUGAUUCUGUUAU